AGCGCGCGGCUCCGCACCACCGCGCCAGCCGCCGAGCCCGCCGCCCGCCGCUUGCCGCAGCCCAGGGAGAAGGAGACCGGCACAAUGGAGGCUCCGCGCCUGGGUCGCAGCAGCAUGAGCAGCCCCACCAGCCCCUGCGAAGAUGUGAUCAAGAACCUGAGCCUGGAGGCGAUCCAGCUCUGCGAGAGGGACGGGAAUAAAUCACAAGAUAGUGGGAUCGCAGAGAUGGAGGAACUUCCAGUCCCACACAACAUCAAAAUAAGUAACAUCACAUGUGAUUCUUUCAAGAUUUCAUGGGACAUGGAUUCUAAAUCCAAGGAUCGUAUUACUCACUAUUUUAUUGAUCUCAACAAGAAAGAGAACAAGAAUUCCAACAAAUUUAAACACAAGGAUGUACCUACUAAACUGGUUGCAAAAGCUGUUCCGCUCCCUAUGACAGUUCGUGGACACUGGUUCUUGAGCCCAAGAACAGAAUAUACAGUUGCAGUGCAGACAGCAUCAAAGCAAGUAGAUGGUGAUUACGUUGUUUCUGAGUGGAGUGAAAUCAUAGAGUUUUGUACAGCAGAUUAUUCAAAAGUUCAUCUAACACAGCUUUUGGAAAAAGCUGAAGUGAUUGCAGGACGUAUGCUUAAGCUUUCUGUUUUUUAUCGGAAUCAGCACAAAGAAUACUUUGAUUAUAUCAGAGAGCAACAUGGAAAUGCAAUGCAGCCUUCUGUCAAGGAUAACAGUGGUAGCCAUGGCUCUCCAAUCAGUGGGAAGCUGGAAGGCAUCUUCUUUAGCUGCAACACUGAGUUUAACACGGGAAAGCCACCACAAGAUUCACCUUAUGGAAGAUACAGGUUUGAGAUUGCAGCUGAAAAACUUUUCAAUCCAAAUACUAACUUGUACUUUGGGGACUUCUAUUGCAUGUACACAGCUUAUCACUAUGUCAUUCUUGUUAUUGCCCCCGUUGGCUCACCAGGAGAUGAAUUCUGUAAACUGCGCCUUCCUCAGCUAAAUUCAAAGGAUAAUAAAUUUCUGACCUGCACCGAAGAAGAUGGCAUCAUGGUUUAUCACCAUGCCCAGGAUGUUAUUUUAGAAGUAAUUUACACUGAUCCUGUGGAUCUUUCCCUUGGCACAGUUGCAGAAAUUACUGGUCAUCAGUUAAUGAGCUUGUCUACUGCAAAUGCAAAGAAAGAUCCCAGUUGCAAGACCUGCAACAUCAGUGUUGGACGUUAAUCCUCCUCUCUCUCCCCUCUCCCCUCCUUAGGAGCCUUUGAACCUCUGUUGUCCAUUUCCAUAGUCAGAUGGUCUCUUCAGAAGCAUGCACAUGACACUACCACCAAAAGCAAACACCAGUUUUUCAAAUUCAUUAAUAGCAUUUUUAGAAUAACUUCCUUCCUUUCCUUCUGUUCCCCUAAUGCUUUAAACUAUUAGAAGUCCUGGAUUUUCUUUCUGACAACAUUUAUACCUAGAUGCUGCAAUUUUGUUUGUCUGAUCAUUCCUGGCCAAACAUAACAAAACCUAUAUAAACUGCUUUAGCAAAAUAAAAAUAAUGGCUUAUAACUGUGUUUAAAUAUGCAUUUAUUUUAAUCUACUGAACAAACACUGGAAUAACUGCAAACAGCAUGAAAGGUUGUAGAUGCAGCAUGACUUAAAUCUCAAGGCCUAGAAAUGUCAGCACUUCCAACUUGUUGUUUGACAGUGUUAUUUAUAUUAGCUAACUGGGGAAAAAUGGUGUUUAAACAUAAUAAAUAUAAUAGAAAAAUAUUUUAUUUGUACUGUUGUAUAAAAUAUUAUACAAUCAUAUAGAAUAUAUAGAAUACAUUUUAAUAGCAAUUGUAUACAUAUGUCAUGAAAUCAUUUCUCCUUAUCAAAGAUGUAGUUUGUAAACCUCAAAUAGUUGUGUAUCUGUUCCUGUCGCUCUUAGAAUACUUUAAUUAAAACAGAUUUACAAAGGAAA